UAAAUUAUAUUUUUUUGCAAUGUGAUUGUGGAAGGCAUUGGUCUCGUCUAAAAUUUUUGAUACAUUGGAGAAGUAUUUUAAUCCCACAUCAUAGUAUUAUUUCGUAAUUAAAUAAUAAAUUUCAAUUCUAAUAUAUGAACUUGGUUAUACACUGUCGAAUGGAGUUUUAGAUACCUAAACUAUUACUUGCCAAGAUGUCGGUGAUACUCCUCUACGAUUUUGACAAGGAGAAAAUGUAUGUAUCGUCAUAAAAGCUUUUGUGUAAUUUGUACGAGCUUACAAUAUUGUUUGAAUGUGUACACAACAUAGGUAGUUACAAAUAUGAAUCAGUUAGUCGAAGAGAAUGUUGAGAACAGUAAGCGCAGUCAAAUGAACACUAAUGUGAAAAACAAAAGCAAAAAGGCCAAAGAUCCUUCUCAAACGGACGAACUGUGUAAAUCGAAACAGGAACAGUUUAGUGAAACGUUAGCUAAUACUCUUCACAUUAAUAAUAUCAAUACUAACCUAACAAAUGGGACUAGUGACUACUCUAACGGCAGCCUCGACAUAACGAGUGACAAAUCAGAUGUACAAUGUGAUCCGUUCAACGAACUGGGGAGUGAUGUAAAUUGUGUACAGUGUAAUGACACAGCAAAUAAUCAGCAGAGCAAACACACAUCCACUGCCCCAAUGGACAGAUUUAUAUUUGACAAAGCAUUAGAAAACCUUGAGAAAUGCUUGAGCAGCCAGCAGCUAUCGCCUGACGACGAAUUCCAAAUUAUAUCUUAUGAAUCUGAAUUACAAAUGCCAGAAAUUAUGAGACUUAUUCAAAAAGAUUUGUCAGAACCUUACUCUAUCUAUACAUAUAGAUAUUUUAUACAUAAUUGGCCUAAGCUUUGUUUUUUGGCAACAUACGAAGGCAAAUGUAUUGGUGCCAUUGUGUGCAAGUUGGAUGUGCAUCGUAAUGUUGUGAAAAGAGGUUACAUUGCAAUGUUAGCGGUAGAUGAGAAAUACAGGAAGAGAAAGAUUGGUUCUCGGCUGGUCAGAAAAGCAAUACAGGCAAUGAUUAAUGAUAAUGCAGAUGAAGUUGUCUUAGAAACGGAAAUUACAAACAAAUCAGCACUAAGGCUUUAUGAAAAUUUGGGCUUUGUGAGAGACAAACGCUUAUUUCGUUACUACCUUAAUGGUGUAGAUGCGUUACGAUUGAAGUUGUGGCUAAGGUGAAAAAAGUAGUUAACAUUAAAGAGAAAAUUUUCAAUGUUGUGUUAUUCUUCUGCAGACAUCACAGUCCUAGCAGGCAUAUAAUGUAAAGCAAACUACUGUUGUUAUUAUGGUGUAAUCUUGUAUUGCCAUUUGAGGAUUUAGCCAAAUGUAUAGUUUGUUUCAUUUAUUUUAUAGUCAUGUGAUACAUUUUUAUUGUAAUUUAUGUGUUGAAAAUUGUUUUAAUGAAAAUAUUUUUCCUCUCAAUUAUUUUAUAUCUUGACUAUAAGGUUUAUAAAUGGAUAACUUCCUAACUAAAAAUACACAACUUUGAAGAAU